GUUGCUGUGGGCGCGGGGGGUCCGGGGCCAGGGAGACCCCCAGCGGAGCACGAUCCUUGGCAUGCGACUGGCGAGCUGCGACAAGCCGUGUGGGAUGAACCCGGAUGGCAUCAUCUUUGUGUCCGAGGGCAGCACGGUGAACCUGAGGCUGUAUGGCCACAGGCUGGGCUCCAUCUCUAGCAACCUGAUCUCCUUCACGGAGGUGGACAACUCCGAGGCCUUCCACAACUCCACCCACUGCCCCGAGCUCACCAAGGACCUGGUCGUCCAGCAGCUGGUCAACGUGAGCCGCGGGGACACGUCCGGGAUGCUGGUGGUGUUCACCAAGUUCCUGCGGAGGAGCGAGAACAUGAAGCUGUACGCGCUGUGCACCCGGACCAGCGUGGACGGGCCGUGGCAGAAGUGGACCGAUAAGGACUCGCUGCUCUUCAUGGUGGAGGAGGCCGGGAGGUUCCUGCCCCUCUGGCUGCACAUACUUAUCAUUUUGGUGCUGUUAGUGCUGUCGGGCAUCUUCUCUGGCCUCAAUCUGGGGUUGAUGGCCCUGGACCCCAUGGAACUGCGCAUCGUCCAGAACUGUGGCACGGAGAAGGAGAGGCGCUAUGCUCGCAAGAUCGAGCCUAUCCGUCGCAAAGGCAACUACCUGCUCUGCUCGCUACUCCUGGGAAAUGUGCUGGUCAACACCUCUCUCACUAUCCUUCUGGACAACCUCAUCGGGUCCGGGCUCAUGGCCGUGGCCUCCUCCACAAUCGGCAUUGUCAUCUUUGGAGAGAUCUUACCUCAGGCCCUGUGCUCCCGGCACGGACUGGCUGUGGGUGCCAACACGAUCAUUCUCACCAAAUUCUUUAUGCUACUCACUUUCCCCCUCAGCUUCCCCAUCAGCAAGCUCCUAGACUUUUUUCUGGGCCAGGAGAUUCACACCGUUUACAAUCGGGAGAAACUGAUGGAAAUGUUGAAGGUGACAGAGCCCUAUAAUGACCUCGUGAAGGAGGAACUAAAUAUGAUUCAGGGGGCCCUGGAACUACGGACCAAAACCGUGGAGGACAUCAUGACCCAGCUCCAUGACUGCUUCAUGAUCCGCAGCGAUGCCAUCCUGGACUUCAACACGAUGUCCGAGAUUAUGGAGAGUGGCUAUACCCGCAUCCCCGUGUUUGAGGACGAGCAGUCCAAUAUUGUAGAUAUUCUCUACGUCAAAGACUUGGCCUUCGUGGACCCCGAUGACUGCACCCCCCUCAAGACCAUCACCCGCUUCUACAACCACCCCGUGCACUUUGUCUUCCAUGACACCAAGCUGGAUGCCAUGCUGGAGGAAUUCAAGAAAGGGAAGUCCCACCUGGCCAUCGUGCAGAAGGUGAACAACGAGGGGGAAGGGGACCCCUUCUACGAGGUCCUGGGCCUGGUCACCCUGGAGGACGUCAUUGAGGAGAUCAUCAAGUCCGAGAUCCUGGACGAGUCCGAUAUGUACACUGACAACCGAAGCCGGAAACGGGUAUCUGAGAAGAACAAACGGGACUUCUCAGCCUUCAAGGAUACUGACAAUGAGCUCAAGGUGAAAAUUUCACCUCAGCUCCUCCUGGCUGCUCACCGCUUUCUGUCCACGGAAGUCCCCCAGUUCAGCCCUGCUCUGAUAUCAGAGAAGAUCCUGCUUCGGCUGCUCAAGUACCCAGACGUCAUUCAGGAACUCAAGUUUGACGAGCACAACAAAUACUAUGUGCACCACUAUCUGUACACCCGGAACAAGCCGGCCGACUACUUCAUCCUCAUCCUGCAGGGGAAGGUGGAGGUGGAGGCUGGGAAGGAGAACAUGAAGUUUGAGACAGGUGCCUUCUCCUACUACGGGACCAUGGCGCUGUCCUCGCUAACCGCUGUGCCUUCAUCCCAGGUCGGGUGUCCGCCUGGCAAGCAGAACUCCCUGCUCUCCUGGCUCUCAGACCGCUCCCCAUCGCACCCCACCUGCCUGAGCCGCUCGGCCUCCCUCAGUUGCCCGGACCGCACAGACCUCUCGAGCCCGGCCCCCUUGGCAGGCAGCAGCAACCAGCUCGGCAGCUCCGUCCUGGGCCAGUACAUCUCCGACUUCAGUGUCCGGGCGCUCAUGGACCUGCAGUAUAUUAAGAUCACCCGCCAACAGUACCAGAAUGGGCUGCUGGCCUCACGGAUGGAGACCAGCCCUCAGUUUCCCUUGGACGGGUGCACCAUCUGCACGGAGAACCUGGCGGAGAAGCCUGAGUUGCCUGUGGUGGACGAGACCACAACUCUGCUCAACGAGCGCAACGCCACGCUGCACAGAGCUUCCCCUGAGAGCGCCAUCUGACAGGAGGGCCCGGGGCCCCCCGCCAGCUCCGCGGGGGCCGCCCCAGUGGGCCCACCUGAAGCGAAGGAGCCUGUCAGGCCAGACGGAGCUGCCUAGCCCUGGACUGUGGGUGGCGAGUAGCCACCACAAGGCAGAUUUUGUACUGGAGUUUCUAGGCUCAUUGCUCCUCUUUUGAAAUGUCAUUGGGGGAAGGGAAUGGGGAAGGGAAGACAGGGUUAAGGAUUUUAUUUAAAAAAAAUUUUUUCCCCACAAAAACUUUGGAUGGGGUUUCUCACCCCGGGAAGCAAUAGCCAUAAUCUGCUCCCAGCCACAACCCGGCUAUGUCCCGACUCAGGGAGCCGACUCUUUCUGCUCCUUGUCCUCCAGAGACGGGUCCCAGCAGCUGCGGGAGGAAGAUUUUCUCUUGGGAGGAAGACAGUGCUUCCCAGGAAGCAAAGAACCAAAUAGCAUUGAGAACAACUGCCUGGACAUGUGCACUGAGGCUUGUCUGACGUCGCCAAGGUCAAGGGAUUCUGGGGAGCUGUGAUCGGGGGCAUUAUACUCCCAGCUACAGAGGAGUAGCCCUGCUCCUGUCACUCGCUGGAUCCAGGAAUUUCUGAAACUCUGCUGAUGGGCUCUCCUGGUGGGGGCCACUGGGACUCUCAACCCUGGCCCCAUUGUUUUGCCUCAUAUCUACUCCUUUGGACAGCUGUUCCCUUGUAGUAGGGCUGACUUGACGCGUUAGGCAGUGUCUCCCGCCUUUCAGAUUGCUCCCCCUGCUUCCCAGGCUGCCCUCUCUUUACCAAAGGCUUUCCCGUGGGUUGGGACAGCAUCUACAUUAGAGGUGACUUGUCUGCAAUACUCCUCUUGGUUCUAGGAGGGAAUCUAGUCACAAGUAUUUGCAUUGUUAGCAAGUAAUACCAUCCCCUUCCCACCCCACAACCAAAGUCCAGUCUGACCCUUGAACUCUGCUUUCCAGGCUCCCUACUUCCAAUCUAAACCCCGAGGUCUCUUGGGGAUUGAGAACAGAGGACGUGGAGGAAGCAGCCUAAGCAGGUUCUCCAUGCCCUCUCUCCGUGGCUGAGGCUGACCUUCCUAUUUACACACUUUCAUACCCAGGAAAGGUUUCAGCCUCCAGGGCACACAACUGGUGGCCACGUUCCCCCAGGUCCGUGAUCCUAGUGUGGGCCGUCAGCUUGUCCUGUGCUGAAGCUGGGGGUUCAGAGCUCCACGCCCACAGGAAGCCCUCCCCAGCACCUUUCCCUGGGGCUGAGUCAGGCCCUGCUGCACAGCUCCAGGCUUCCCACUGCUGGGGAGGCUGCGGGACCAAGGUCCGAGUUGGCCCUUUUGUCGGGGGGAACAGUUGCCCAAGAUCAGGUGGGGGAGACUGCAGGCCUCCCCCUGAGUAUUGUCUAUUCGCUCCUUUCCUAAAGGGCUCUGCUCUUCAGGUGCCUGGAGAGCCCUAAGUCUUGAGACCAGGAAAUGUCUUGCACCAAGUAUACCUACCCCUGACCAGUCACAGAAUCUAUUCCUAAAAGUUUGGAGAGAAGGUGGUGAUACCCAUGGGUUCUCAGCCAGAAGGAAAAAAAGACACUGGACCUUUUUGUUCCCUGUGGGGAAACCCAUUUGUUUCCUACACGCACAGCUUUCUGAGUCCACAUGGAAGCUUGCAAAGCUGUGUUUUUGAGACCUGGGAGCCAGGCAGGGCCAAGCACAUUGGCCUGAACCAAGUGAGUGUGUGUGAAUAAAGCGGGUACGCACACUUCCACGCUACCUCUUUGCACACACGGUUACUACCAACAGUUCCCUCCUCCCCCGUUCUUCCCUUCCCUUCCCCAUUUAUAAUCACUUCUUGCAAAGGGUCGUAAUUAUUUCCAAAUAUUACUGGUCCGAUGACUUCCUCCUCCCAGUGCAAUUUUUCACUUCCUAUUCCAACUUCUGGUUCCUGGGCUGAGCUCUACCCUGGAAUUGGCCCAUCCCUACCUGUCUUCCUGUGUGAGGGAUGGCCUCCAAAUGGGUAGGCAAGUCACAGCCACCAUAGCAAGUAACAUAUUUAUUUUGCAUAAGGUUUUAAUUUGUAUAUAUUUGUGAUUUAUUUUGGCAUUGUUAUGAGUUUGACUCUCGGGGAGUUUUGUUGUUAUGACUCUUGUGUCUUUUGUCACAAAACAAUGAUAAUAUUUGCUAAACAAUAUAUGGAAUUUAUUUUUGAUUGGUAAUAAAAAAAUGAAAUAUGAAAUCUUGGUGCGUCUACAAUUUCCCUAUUUAAGUCGUCAGUAUUCGGUACCUGUCAGAAAUAGAAGUGAUUGUGAUUGGCUGUCACUAUGUGAGUACAAGAGACAAGUAUUCUGGGAUUGUUUCACAGUGAAAAAGCAGCAGCAAUGUAAUUUUAAAUAUAUCCUAUAUAAUAAAAGGCUAAUGCAAAUCAA